AUGGAGCAUUUGCGGGUGGUUGUGGAGAGUAAGGUAGGCGCCUCACAAACUCACCUUGGUGCGGUCGGUAUCUUGGACGGUGACAAUACGUUGGUCGAGUACGGCGACGAGGCACUCCGUACAGUGCCGCGCUUAAGAGACGGCAAGGACACGAAAAUGUCGUCCAGUGUCUCGUUUCGCUUCAUCGACGCCUCGGGCGAAACGCCAUUUGCCUGA